AUUUUCUGCUCCAAACUUGCCAGAGCUGAACCAUUCACAAGUAUAUGCUGUGAAAAGCAUUCUACAAAAGCCACUUAGCCUUAUCCAAGGUCCAUCUAGAACUGGUAAAACUAUCACAUCAGCUACUAUUGUCUACUAUCUUGCAAAGAUGAAUCCUGAUCAAGUGUUGGUUUGUGCACUGUCAAACAUCGCUGUCGAUCAACUUACAGAAAAAAUACAUGCAAUCAGACUUAAAGUAGUUUGCCUCACUGCAAAAUCACAUAAGGCAUUAGAUUUGCCAGAAUCAAGUAGUUCUGAUAAGAAAAAAUAUAAAGCAUUAAAAUGUGCCUGUGAAAGAGAGAUUUUACAGAAUGCUAAUGUUAUACUUUGUACAUGUGUUGGUGCCAGAGACCCAUGCCUAUCCAAGUUCAAGUUUCGAACUGAGUUGAUUGAUAAAGCCAUAUAA